AUGUCAAUCAUCAAGAUGCCCCGAGGCAAGGAAGAUGAACAACAACAGCAGCAGCAGGAGAAGCAACAGCAGCGCCUCCCAGUCAACCCUCGCCGUCACAAGGUCCCUCCAGCACAGCGCAAGCGUGUCGCUCAAGCCUGCAAUCUCCGACGCACAAGAUGUUCUGGCGAGACUCCAUGCAGUCAAUGCGCCGCCUCAUCACGAGAAUGCGUCUACCCAGGCCCCUCCGCCAAGGUCUUCAUCUCCCGCACAGAGCUGGACGACCUGAAGCGCCGGGUGGAGGCCUACGAGAGGGCUCUGCAAGAUGUCAUGCCCGAUGAUGACAAGCGCAAGGAGUUGGUUGCCCGGCAGGGCAGCUUCAGCACACCUUCGGAGACAUCCUCGGCCUCCGCAUCGCAGCAGCGAUUCCCCAGCACCAGCCCGUCCAAGUCAGACGCCAUGACGCCCACCGACGACGGCACCGGCCCCUUCUCUGAGAUUGAGGGCCGGCUCCUGCAUGACAACCUCGGCACCGCCCGUUUCCAUGGCGAGACGGGCGAGAAGGCCUUUGUCGACAGCCUCAACACCUUUCUAAGAGGUCUCCUCCCCACCAGUGACUUGUCCACACUCCCCUCCUCUGUAGGAAGAUGCGAGACGUCAGACUCGCGGCCUCUGCCAUCCAUCGUGAAUGUUGACCCCCGCUGGCUCCCCCCUCCCAACACCACGCGAACAAUGCUGAGCGUGCUGAGAUCCUUUAUCCAAGACGGUAGCGACGACCGGCCAUCCCCCACCGGCGGUAUCUACUGGUGGGGCGAUCUCCGGUCCGUGCCGUCCGCGACGCCGUCCAUCGGCAACGUCGAGGCAGAUAUCCGGAACGCGCGCCGUCUUGCCUUUUAUCAAACGGCUCUGGGACUGGCCUGUCGCAUCGUCUCGACAGGGACCCCCGCGGUCGGCCAGAUUCCAGACCGGAGCGAGCAGUUCUUCGCGCGGGCCACGGCUCUGCUGGGAAAUCCGCUCGAUGUGUCCCGGCCGUCCGUCGGCGAGGUCUCCGUCCUCACCCUAAUGGCAUUCUUCCUCCUCGAGUCAGACAGGAAAGAAGCAGCAAGUGUAUAUAUAAGUGUUGCAGUGCGUCUAAGCGCAGCCCUGGGUGUCACGCAGGGAUUCGUGGAGGAGAGAGGGAAGCGGAUCUUCUGGACUCUAUAUGUACUAGAUCGGUGGCUUAGCUACCUCCUGGGCCGGCCCCCGACCAUUCUGGAUGAGGCUAUACAGUUGCCUCUCCCUGCCGAUGCACCGUCACUCCCUCCCGCUGCCGGCCUCAAGGCCCAUAUCAGUCUAUCACGUAUAUCCGGGCAGAUUGUGAGCAGUCAGCUAUAUCACCCGUCGCCCUGGCGGCAAUCCGGGGAUGAUUCUGCGCUGUCCACGGAUACCGCCCUCUCCAUGCUGGACCAGUGGCUGCACAGCCUACCCCAGUCCCUCAGACUCUCCUCGGAGGGUCUCAGCAAUGACGCGGCCACAUGCAUGCUGCACAUGCAUCACAACCAACUCAACAUCCUGGCCCUCCGACCAGCCCUCCUCUCCAUGGUCAAGAACAGCCUCCUCCCCCAGUCCCCAUCCUCCGUCCACUCGAGCAUCCCGCCCUCGUACGCGCGGGACUGCCUGGCGGCAGCUGAGCGGAACAUGCGCCUGGGCCGGCACGUCGCCACCCUCCACCGCCCGCGGCGGCUGCUCCACACCGGCCUCCAUUUCAUCUUCAACGCCGUCCUCUGCUUCUUCCUGCAGUCCCUCGCGGGGGACGACGGGCCCGCCGCCGCCCGCGAGGUCAAGUUCGCCAUCGAGCUGUUCGACCGCGAGGCCCAGACGGGAAACAUGUACGGCGCGACCUGCUCGCGGGUCCUCCAGGAGCUGCAGUCCCUGGCCGCGCGGGUCCAGAACAGGUCGGCCACGCCCAUGGACGUGGACCAGGUGUUUGGGGAGAUGGAGCAGAGCCCGGCGUGGCAUGCAUUAUCGUCCAGCGCCUCGGAGGGUCAAGUGUCGGAGGGUAGCGGGGACGCAGCGCUAUUCGACGAGGUGGUGUCUUGGAUGGAGAAGGAUUGGGCGGCGUACAACAUGGACCUUUGA